AGUCAGAUCUUCAGGGGCGGAGAGUCGUGAUGCGUCUGUUACAAGUUCUCCACGCUCAUGUUUCCUGUGUCUAUUUCUGUAAUCCCAUCACCCUAUAUAAUAUCUCAGGACUUCAACUUGCUGGAACGAAUAGCGAAAUAAAUCUUCAGGGAUAUUCUGUAGCCUGCCUCGUGCAGUGUACCGCCUGCAGCUGUUGCACGAGGAGAAGUGCGCGACGGCGUGGGAGCAGCGCCAAGAAAACCCUCCACUUCCUCCCAGUUUCUCAAACCCUACAGCAGCGCGAGAGCCAGCGCGAGAGCCACCGUGAGCAGCAAGACAUAACGGCUGGUGAACAGCUUAGUACGGCAUAAAGAAGAUUAAAAAAAAAAAAACCUCCGUUAACUGACCGACAGCAGUGCUGUUAGACAAGGAUGAAGCCUUUUCUAGGAGUGGUCAUGGCGCUCGCGCUGCUCCGAGUACACGCGAGCAAGCCCGAUCACGGCAACUGCGUGGAUGAGUACUGCGUUACUGUCCAUACCGAACCUGUGGGUUUUAAUUCAGCACAAAAGUCCUGCGAAGCUAAAGGAGGUCAUUUAAUGACCGUACGAACAAUGGUCGCAAGCAGCGUCAUUUCAGAUGUGUUAACUGGACACACUGGAAACUUUUGGAUUGGUUUAAGGCACAUGAAUGACUUCUGCUCAGGAUCUACUCAUGCACUGAAAGGGUACACAUGGAUAACCGGAGAUGAAGCGACCAAUUUCACAAACUGGAAAAAUCAUGAAGGCAUCUGCUCUCAGAGAUGCGUGUCACUGUCUAAAGAUGACCCCGAAUGGACAGAAAGACUCUGUGAUCACAUAGCUGAUGGAUAUUUAUGCGAGUACGAAAACACUGAUAGUAAGUGCAGACCACUUGAAUCUGAUUCUCCAGUUUUGUAUGAAACUCCUUUCGGAUUUGCCCGAACGGAUCUGCGAGAAGUUCCUGCUGCCAGCAACGCGACACAACAACAUCUUGGAACGAAAUUCAUCUGUUUCGAGGGUCAGUGGAUUAAAGCGCCGUGGAAUUGUGAAGUUUAUAAGGGAGGUUGCGAGCAUGACUGUAAAAAUUGGAACGAUGUGUUUAUUUGCACCUGCCUUCCAGGUUACAAGCUGGAAAGUAACGCCGUCCGGUGCAGCGUGGCCCUGAGUGACCCGUGUCUGAGAGCGGAUUGUUCUCAAGAGUGUGUAGUGAUGGGAGACAGUUACGCGUGUCAGUGUCGUAGUGGAUAUGAACUCGGCCAGGAUGGAAAGACCUGCAUUGAUAUCGAUAACUGUGAGAAUAAAAAUCUGUGUCCAGAUGAAAAUUCCUACUGCGUGGACACGCAAGGGGGCUUCGAGUGUCACUGUAAGAACGGCUUCAGCGUGGAUAAGGAUAAGAACAGGUGUGAAGAUGAGGACGAGUGUUUUUCUGGACCUUGUGAGCACACGUGUAAUAACACUAUCGGUAGUUAUUUCUGUGAAUGCUCCAAAGGAUACAGAGUGUCUCCAGAAAACCGACAUAUGUGUACACUGUACUGUCCACACUGGGAAUGUCCAGUUGUGUCCUGUGACCUUAACAAUCCUUUUCAGUGCGAGUGUCCGGAUGGCUUCAUUCUAGAAGAACAGCCCGGAGGUUUUGUUUGCGUCGAUAUAGACGAGUGUGAGGCGUCAAUUUGUGACCACAACUGCACAAAUACUCCUGGAGGAUACAACUGUUCAUGUAUGGAAGGAUUCGAUCUCAUCAAAAGUACCAACUGCGUCCGAAAAAAGAGAUUCAGCACGACCACGUCUGUUAGCGUGGUUACGACACCUACCAGCAGGUCUCCUCCGACCGAGAGAGCUUCGUCCAUCUCGGCUGGAGUUAUAAUUGCCAUAAUCGCAUGCGUCGUCCUGCUCAUUCUGCUGAUUCUUUGUGUCCAUCACCAUAAGAACCGCUGCGGGAAAAUUACCACAGACAAAAGCCACGGCAAAGACGUACAUGCUUUACAGCAAGUCGCUACGGAAAAAUAUGUCAAAAAAUCGUCGAUCCCAAACAUUUAAAAAAUAAAAUAUAGAAAUAUAAGCUUUUUUUUAUGUUUGUUUUUUCAGUAUGAAGAAGGAAUGUUUUCCUUUUGUAGAAAUGAAGAACUAUUUAUUCUAAUGAAACUAUGCAGAUGUGACCUUUCAUGCAGAUGUGACCUUUCAUGAAAGCAUUGAUAUUUUUAUAUGCUUAUACUUUAUGCACAAGUACCAAAGGAAGUUUUGUAUACUAUUCAUAUCACUUAUAGUUUUUUUUUUUUAAAGAAAUACGCAUUGAAAAUGUAAUAAAUGUUUAUUUUGUGUCUAUUCUUUAGGAAUGGUUCUUUCUUAUAUCUUGUGGGAGAUUAUUAUUAUUAUUAUUAUUAUUAUUAUUAUUAUUAUUAUUAAGACAUACAUUAACAGGUGCAAUUAUAAAUAAAAGUAGAUGCACAUGAUGAUGCCUGAGCUCUUUAACUUUUUUUUUUCCCACCACAUGGAGACUUGGUUCUGCCGCUGGAAUGGAAAUGGAUUUAUGGGAUGUUUUAAACAAUUCACUGAUGUUCUGGUCAGUUUUGAGUCUGAUAUAAAAUGAGGAUUCUGUGUUCUUCCCCUCUCUGUUGGAGAACCUUACACAGAAUUUUCCUGGUUGAAGAUGAAAUUUGAGCUGCUUUUUAGAUGAAAAGCAUCUCAGAGAGUAGAAGAAGAUACAAACAUUUCUUUGGAAAAAAAAUGUUUUUUUGGAACUUUUCUAUAAAUAUAUCAGCCCUUAGUAGGCUAAAAACAGAAAUCCUUCUGAAACACGACAAAUUCUUAAAGUCCUGAGUGCCUAUUUCAUCAUAUUAACCUCCACUGUGGAGUGAGACAUGCUGUAAAGAUGUGUGAUUAAUGAAUUAAAUAAAAGACAAACAUCUGCGAGAC